AUGGCCGAUCGCACACGUGUGUACUUUGUGUGUGGACAGGCAAUGACGGACGGCAGAACGACUGUACGCGGAGUGUACCAUGCCACACAGCACUUCCUGGCGAAGGCCAUCCCAGACGAACAGCGCCUCAUGGGCAGUGGCAAGCGGCACUUCCUGGUGAAGGCCAUCCCAGACGAACAGCGCAUCAUGGGCAGUGGCAAGCGGGUUGUGCUGUGGCUGCCGCUGCUGAGUGCGGGCGAUGGGGGGCUUAACCAACACUAUGUACUCAAUACCAUGCUCAAUGCCAUUGGUAACUACGCCAGCUCAGAAGGCUGGGCAGGAGUGGUCCAUAUUAAAAUAUCGCUCGGGUCAAAACCUGAGAAUUUAGGCCAAUCCAUUCCCAUCCGUUACGAUGUGAUGACUGGGAGACUACCUGUCGGUGAUAUCCUGUCCAGAGGUUCAAAAGGGAAGAUGGAGUUCACCUGUGUGGCCCAUGACACACGGCGUGGCUGGAUAGUGCAGCAUGUGCAGAUUGACAUCAGAGGCACCUUCGAGCACCUCAGAGUGGCCAUGGGGUUGGACGAAUUACCGUUCGGCUAUCACGCCAAUGAGCGGCUGAUCGAGUGUGACAUAACCGAUGGGAAGGUCGUACAAUUGCUGGAUAAGUCUCACGGAGUCUCGAGAUCGUUCUUCACUGUUUCACAGUGUGAGGGUGAUGGGUUAUUGAACACCGGCUGCAAUAGUUGGGUGACCAUAGUACUUAGUAGUGCGCGCGUGUAUUUCAGUAUUUGCCGGCCACUCAGUCUGAGGCUCGUAGCCUGGGCAAGUGAUUCUAUUCCUGCUACGGACAUUGAGGCGGAGAAUUCGUCGACUCUAAUGCGCAGUGGAUCGCCGUUUGUGCCACUGACGAGCUUAGGGGACACGGGCGCAGCACGUGCAGACACGAAGGAGUAUGAAUCCCAUCACUCACCUGUCUCUGAACAGCACCCGCUUAGAUAUGACACUACACACACACCUGGUAAACAAAUAACAUGUGACACUACACACACACCUGGUAAACAAACAACAGAUUACCCUAUACACACACCUGGCAAGCCAAUAACAGGCCACAGAGUGCCUGUGCACGCAUCGACUGAGGGUGGCAUGGUCCUCGCAAUUGACUCGAGAGACCGAAUCGUCCCGAAUUCAGGAACACGCGUAGUCCAAAUGAACGAACAGUCGUCGUCAGUUGAUACGGAGAUAUCGCCAACCAGUGCAGAAGUGGCGGUGUCGCCGUUUUUGCCCAAAUCAGAUAAGGGUUGCUAUGGAACAUCAGAAAAUGGGCAAAAUUGAGUCGAAAGCAGAUUCGAUGCCAAUUUUCAGAAAGCUAGUCAAUCAGACAACAAUGGGAAGCGCGUUCGCAUGUCGACAGCACAAUUGGAAGGCAAUAAGCUGUGUUGUCUUAACAUAUUUAAAAACUUCAAGACCUAACGCUAGUAGUUUUAAUAAUUAGAAUAAUAAAGCUGUGUAUAUACUGAUGG